GCGAAUGAGACAACAUCAUUAAAAAAAAACGAAGAAGGAAGACAUGAAAACGAAAGGAUCGGACCGCGGACGAACAUGAGGCACACUGAAAUAUCUAGCACGCACGAUUUCCGAGGUUCUAUAGACCCGCUGUUCAUUUCUCCGUUCCGUGCUAUUUUUGGCGCGUGCAUAGGUACGGAGACGUUUAAACGAUUUCACAGUAAUAGAAACCGGGCAAACAGAUGCAAUUACGAAAAUCGUGGCGUCGCCAUUACCGAAAAAAAUGUGUUAUUAAGAAUUUGCAUUGUUUACCUCGGAGAAAAUAGGAAAACAAGGAAUAAGAUGCCACAACGUGCGAAGAGUGAAAGUAAAGCACAAAUCAAGGAAGAAGCUUCUACAUCGUCUGUUUUUACAGAGAAUUCUGGAGACGAUGAUCUGAACGUCGCUGAAGUUGUAUUAUCAAAUAAAGGGGGUCCAAAAUUAAUUCACCACGGCUAUAUGUACACACUGCACAAGAAGCAACCUUAUAAUAUUCGAUGGAGAUGCGUUGGCAGAACUAUGCAUUGUAGAGGCAGCCUUAUCACGACCACGAGUUGCACGAAGCCUAGAGUGCGUAUGGAGCACAACCAUAAACCAGAUUUCGCGGCUGCUCAAGUUGCCAGAAAACGCUACUUAGCUCUUGGCAAACCUUGCGUGCUAACAAACGUAGAAGGGAACACUAUGAAGUCUAUGAACGUACCGCAAUUAGUGAUUCACAAAGAAAAUGAUGUACCAGAUGAGCAGAAAAGUAGAAGACCGAAGACACGUGCUACGGCCAGAAAAAUAUUGCAAUCACCUUCUCAGAGUAAUUCAACUGGCAAAACUAUAAGGAUAGCAGCACAGUCCUUGGUAAGAUCUCAUAUUAGAAACAUUGCACCAGCACCUAUAUCGCAACAGCAGCAACAGCAGCAACGCCAACCAAAGACUCUUGUGUUAAAAACGAUACCUUUAAAAGUAAAGCAGGUUGCACCUACAACUAUUAAAAUGCCACCUCGACAGACUAGUCAAGGGGUACCUCAUAAUAUUGUACAUCAACAGCCUACAGAGGUUUGUUUAAGAUGGAACAGUUAUCAUAGUAACAUGCAAAACAGUUUCCCAUCUUUAUUGGAUUCUGAACAAUUUGUUGAUGUUACCUUGGCUUGCGAAGGCCGUUCAUUAAAGUGUCAUAAAAUGAUACUCUCAGCGUGUAGCGAUUAUCUCGCAGAUCUGUUACGCGAAAAUCCGUGUCAACAUCCGAUUAUUCUAAUGAAAGAUCUUAAAUUUUGGGAGGUUGAAGCGCUAGUCAAAUUCAUGUACCGUGGAGAAGUAAACGUUGCACAUGAUAAACUACCGCAAUUGUUGAACGCAGCUGAAGCGUUACAAGUGAAAGGAUUAGCAGGACCAAAUCCUUCUUCGCAGAAUCCAAAGCCACCGUUACUUAUUCCACAAUCAAAGCCAGUAGUAUCUCAACCAGUUCCUCGUGCCACUUCAGAGACCAAAGAGAAAGCUUCUACUUCUGGAGUUUCUACGCCUUCUAGUCCGAAACGUGCGCAAAAACGGCAACAUUCAGAACCUAUUGAACCAAAACCCUUUACAAAGAUACGCUUACAACGACCUGUUACACCUACAUCACCGACUACUACAGUUAAGAUGGAACCUUUAGAUAUUCCUCUUAGUCCUACAGAAAUGUUCGCUGAAAAUAACGAGGAUAGUUCAACUCCUUCAAAUUUCGACAAGCUCAUGAGUUUACAUGAGGAGGAUGAUCCAGGUGGUAAUGAAGCCACUGAUGGUGAAAGAGAAAUUCAUUUUUGCGAAAUACCUGAGCCACCCGAUAUAAACGAUAGUGAAGAUCAAAUGGAAUUUGUACCUACGGACUUCUUAGAACAAGAACAGGACAUAGUUGAAGAAACGGAAACAGCCUCGAAUAAGGAUUGUAAAGAGGAAUCCAGGGAUUUCAAUUCUGCUGAACUUGAGGUCAGUGAAGGAAAUGGAAUCGAAAAGGAACAAUGUUCAAAAGAAAAAAAGCCAGUUUAGUGAGAUGAUUCGUGAAUUCAGUACUUGAAUUAUUUGACAGAAAUAGAAUAAAAUUUACAAUUUAGUUUUUUAAGCAAUUUGUAGAAUUAUCCAGUAUU